AACACGAAAGUGACGAUGACUCCUACGAAGUGUUGGAUUUAACGGAAUAUGCGCGGCGUCACCAUUGGUGGAAUCGUGUCUUUGGCCGGAAUUCAGGACCAAUUGUAGAAAAAUACUCUGUAGCUACUCAGAUUGUGAUGGGCGGCGUGACUGGCUGGUGUGCGGGAUUUUUGUUCCAGAAAGUCGGAAAGCUUGCAGCAACUGCAGUAGGUGGUGGCUUUCUUCUGCUCCAA